UUCAUCGCCUGGUUGCCGGUCGCUUCGACAUUAAUGAAAUUCUGGACAUGGUGGCCCUUAAUGGGCCGGACCACAUUGAGCCUGGAGAGGGCCCGCUGCAGAAUAACAACAGGAUAAUCGAACAGGAUGGACUCAAUGACCUUUUGGAAUUUUUCUGCACGGGGGUACUUUGGACUACGCUGAUGCACCCGUUCCAUCAUGCCGGUGUAUUGAUGCAACUGGGCUUUGAACCUUUUCCUGAGCGAUGGAUUCUUCGCCCUCUUUCGGGGUCUCAAGGCGAGCAUCGCGGGAAAUUUUACUUCCUACCUGAUGGAGGCAGCUAUGGCGGCGAUGGGUCUGGAAACUCGCAAACUCACUCAUACGACUGGGACUUCUGUGAAGGAUGUGUCAUGGAACUUGCUAGUCAGAAGCAUCCGCUUGACCUUGAAUCUGGUCGUCACGCAGCCGUUUACUGUAGUCUUGACUCGCCAGAUCGCCCAGUUUAUAGGUUGCGAAAAUGUCUACAAAACUAUGGGCCAAACCAUCUUCAAGAUAUUCGCCGAAGAAGGCGUGGCCGGUUUCUACGCCGGCUUUGUGCCCCGCCUGCUGCGCAAUAUAGGCAUCAUGGCAGUCACCACUGUCGCGACGGCUCUCUUCUUCCACUAUGGGCCGCAACACAGCACCAUUCAGGUACUCAACGAGGUAAUAGUCAAUAUUUCGUCCUCGUACGCUCUGCACCCGUUGUCAGUGGUGGGCACCUGUAUGGAUGUUCAAGGGUCCCCCUUGGCUGCUGCAAUGCCGUCUCAAAUGCCGCACUAUGAACACUGGACUAAGUGCUUCUAUGAUAUAUAUCAAGGUAGUGGAUUCUACCACCGUGGGGGCGUUCUUUUCUGGCGUACGGUGCCUGUCAAGGGGCUGCAUGACUUGAUGGGACGCCCGAAAUAAGCACAGAGUUGGCUCAGCCCUUUUUUUCCAGCUAUUUGUUGAACAAAAUAAACAAGAAUUGUCUACUUCAAUUGAUUCUUUGUUACAAUGAUAUUUUCCAUAGAUCCUGUAACUUUUCACACUCCCUUGAUAGCUAAAGGUGGUAUUUCAUUUGACAGGUGCAACAGCGGAUCACUGCUAGCCUUCACGGUAUAUUUAUACCAUCGCGAUGGUAUCGUAAGAGACGAAUAAUAGGAGUACCCGUUUGGUUGCCUGCCAUAGCAACUGAGAUUAUUGUGUAUGCUAUUACUAUUAAUAUUGUCAUACCACUAGUCAGACG